AUGACUACCGCCGGCCCCUCGCCCUUGCUUGCCAUGUCUCUCCCACACAGCUCCGCGACCGAGCAGCACAGGAAGAAGCGCCAGUUCCAGCCCUCCAUCACGAGCUACUUCCACACGGCCCAGGACUACUCGGACGACGACGACAACGACGACGACUACCACGCAGACGGUCACCACCACCACCACCAACGAGGCGGCCCCAGGCUGCGACACAUCCCCAAGCCUACCCCACGCCACCCAACCCUCGCGCCCCAACUCCCCGACCACGUCCAGUCGAGCCUCCUCAGCGUCGGUAUGCGCGUCCGCAAGUCCGUCCCCGAGGGCUACAAGACGCCCAAGACAGCCCUGCCCGCCCUGCAGACCACGAACACAGCCAAUUAUUCGCAAACGCCUCUGCGGAAACCCCGCUCCGCAUUCUCCGCCCCCGCGCUCGAGCCAAUGAGGAUACCCGUCGACACGCUCGCCUCCACACUGCAGCACCAGCGCGAACUGCUCCCCUUCUGCGGCCUGAACAAGAUCGGCGGGUACGCCGAGCAGCCCACAACGAACCCGCAUCUAUUCAGCGGCGUCACCAACUCGUUCCCGCUGCCUGCCCAAGCCUUCAGCCAGCCCUUCAGCUCGCAAGACAGCGGCUACGGCACAGACAUGGCGCGUGCGAAGCUGGGCAAACGGGGCUGGUCCGACGAAGACGACAACACCUGCGAAACGCCGAGUCUGAGCCUAGGCGCGAGCAACUUCCUUUUCUCCAUCCCCACCAAGGUCACCGGCGAGGAGGACGUCCCCGUCAGCCCGCUAUCCGAGUCUCCACCCCCGCCCAGCCUGCCGUCAACACGACAGUACGCACAGCCCAAGUCGAGACGGCAGGGGCGGCCCAUGCCCGGCCAUGUCCAUGCCGAUGUUGAUGUCGACAUGGACUACGAGAGCCACGGCAUGCACGAGGGGAGGCUAGCCGCAGGCCAUGCAAGCGACUUUGAAGAAGCGGAUUUCCUGGACGGUCACGAAGUCGCCAUGGGUGGUGUUUGA